UUGAUACGCAACACCUUAUGUCAAGAAAAAAUUAAAUUUUUUCUCCUCUUUCUUGUGCUUUUAUUUAAAAUAUAUAUAUAUAUAAUUUUCCACUUUCUAAUAGUACUUUUAUUUUGCAACAUUAUAGCCGACUUGAGUUUCACCCAUCAGAGCAUCUCGCACCAAUGAAUCCUUCUUCUUCAAUGAAGCCCUAGCUCUCACCACUUGUAUACAGAAGCUUCUUCAAUGGACAAAAGAUUAAUUUCCCCAAACCCAAAACCAAAACCAAAACCAAAACCCUAGCGAUUUGGAUUACAAUUACCCAUGGACCAGCGUCGGACUUCAAGAGUGAUCGACCCUAAGGUGCGCCAGGUGGGUUUCUUCGCUCCCACUGCACCACCGCCACCGCCACCGGAUCGGACCCUGUCCGCCCCACCCAUCUCGUCGUCCCCUCCGGUCUCUGAUAUCUCUCCGUCCGGCAACUCCCUCUCUCCGGUCAUGAUUCCCCCGCCGCGCCAUGCCUCCGACAACCUUCAGUCCUCUUUGGCUCCCCAGUCGUCGUCACGUGCCGUCGGCGUGCCCGUUCCCGCGUCUACGCUGAGGCGGCCCUCCGCCGAUAACGUGGCCGUCGGGAGCUACAACCCGUCCGAGUCUCUCCUCGGGUCUUCUCCUGUGCUUUCGCCUUCGGCUUCGGCAAAGGUGGUCGACGGAGAAUUCUCAGAGGACUCCGUCAAUUGGAUUCGCCGAAGCAAUUCGGGGAAAUUCGCUUCCUCUAUCCCGAGGGCGUUUGAUACCACCGCAUCAACCAAGCCUCAAGGAGUGUCUGAAAAGGGUGGAGAAACAUUUGAAUUAUUGGAAAGUGAAAAGCUGUCAAGCUCAAAACAAUUGAAAGAGAAAACAACAAAAGCUGAAAGACGUGCUCUGCAGGAAUCUCAACGAGCUGCAAAAGCUGCUGCGAAAGGAGGAGUGGCUCCAGCACAUGAAAAACCGGGUAAAACUGUGAAGCAGGCUUCACAAAAGAAGGAUGGUCUCCCAAUGAAAUCUGCAGCAGUUCCUCAAAAGAAAGGUGGUGAUCGACUACCUGAAAAAGAUAGGAAGAAAGAUGUGCCCCCUCCGCGCAUGCAGUUUGAUAAUAAGAGUCGAGUGGAAAAGGCUAAAAGGCAUGCAAUAGUCAAACAAACUGAAGCUAGAAACAGAGUUGAAUUGUUUCGGCAUUUACCUCAAUAUGAACAUGGAACCCAACUUCCUGAACUUGAGUCAAAGUUUUUCCAACUAGAUCCGAUGCAUCCUGCUGUUUACAAGGUUGGAAUGCAAUAUUUAGCAGGAGAUGUAUUUGGGGGUAAUGCUCGUUGUGUUGCAAUGCUUCAGGCAUUUCAGGAAGCCAUUAAAGACUAUUCCACACCUCCAGAAAAAAUUCUCGCUAGAGAUUUAAGUUCCAAGGUCAAUAGUUUCAUUUCAUUUUUGAUUGAAUGCAGGCCCCUUUCUAUCAGUAUGGGGAAUGCUAUUAGGUUCUUGAAGGCUCGUAUUGCCAAGUUACCCCUAACUCUAGCAGAGUCAGAAGCAAAAGCCUCUCUAUGCUCAGACAUUGAUCGUUUCAUUAAUGAGAAAAUAGUACUUGCAGACAAGGUGAUAGUCGGUCAUGCCGUUACCAAGAUCAGGGAUGGGGAUGUUCUUCUCACAUAUGGAUCAUCCUCCGUUGUUGAAAUGAUUCUGUUACAUGCCCAUGAGCUAGGUAAACAAUUUCGUGUUGUGGUGGUAGAUUCACGCCCAAAGCUGGAAGGCCAAGCAUUACUCCGUAGGCUGGUGGCAAAAGGCCUGAGUUGUACAUACACUCAUGUAAAUGCUGUUUCUUAUGUCAUUCAUGAAGUCACAAGAGUUUUUCUUGGGGCUGCCUCUGUAUUGUCUAAUGGAACUGUAUACUCAAGGGUUGGAACUGCAUGUGUUGCUAUGGUUGCUCAUGCAUUCCGUGUCCCAGUUAUGGUUUGCUGUGAAGCAUACAAGUUUCAUGAAAGGGUACAGCUUGAUUCAAUUUGCUCCAAUGAGCUAGGUAAUCCAAAUGCCAUUGCUAAGGUUUCAGGGAGAAUGGAUGUAAAUUAUUUGGAUAAUUGGGCCAAUAAGGAAAAUCUGCAACUCCUGAAUUUACUUUAUGAUGCCACUCCUGCUGACUAUAUCUCUAUGAUCAUCACAGAUUAUGGCAUGGUUCCACCCACAAGUGUGCCAGUAAUUGUGCGAGAGUAUGGGAAAGAGCACCUAUUGGUAUAAAGGGGUUGCAUUAUUAGAUAAAGAAUGAAAGCUAUUCAACUUUUGUUUCCCUGAUGGAUGUCAUUUACCGGCUGGUUUCACCAUGCAUUGGAUGAUGAAGCUUGCACAAAUUUUGAACGCUCUGGAUCAUUUUCAAAAUUUUUUUUUUACAAAAAUCUGAAUAAUUAUCUUAUGCAAUGUCAAAGUUAGCUGAUAACUUUCUUUUUGGCAUAGUGAAAGGGUGAGUUUUUUUAUUUGGGAAUGUCGCCUUGUAUAUAACACAAUGGCCCAACCCCACAUCUUGUUCGUGGAGUUUAAAGUGAAUAGAUUUCGACACUGCAUUAAGUGGACAGCUUCAUAAAUGUUGAUUGAUUACAAGAUCUUAAUGAUUAUUCUUCUAGUUAUUUUAUUAAA